AUGGUAUCGGACAACCUUUUGGGCGCCAAUGGCAUUGCCUCGCGUUCCAAUGGAGAGUCGGGCGAAUACCACUAUAGCUCCCAAUACCUGGGCCAACCAAGACCGUUGAAAGUUGUUCUCAUUGGUGGCGGUCUGUCCGGCAUCGCGGCAGUCAAAUUGUUCAAGGAGCGGUUUUCUGGCCUUCCGACCGAACUGGUCAUCUACGAGAAAAAUGAAGAUGUUACAGGUACUUGGCUAGAGAAUCGCUACCCAGGAUGUAGUUGUGAUGUACCAGCACACGCCUACUCGUACUCGUGGGAGGGCAAUCCGCGCUGGUCGAAGGCUUACGUUGGCUCAGAAGAGUUGUAUGAUCAUUUCAAAGGCUGUGCAGUGGCCUACGGCAUCGAAGAGUUCAUACGUCUACAGCACCGGGUCACGAAAGCAGUAUGGGAUACGCGUAAGGGUCGCUGGACGCUUACAGUGGACGACAUCUUGCACAAUCGCACCAUCACCGACGAGGCGGAGGUGAUCAUUAACGCCUGCGGUUUUCUGAAUAACUGGAAAUGGCCAGAAAUCACUAAUCUCAUGUCAUUCAAAGGCCAUUUGGUUCACUCGGCCAGAUGGGACGACUCAUACUCGUUCCGAGACAAGGAUGUCGCGAUCAUAGGAUCCGGUUCGUCCGCGAUCCAAAUCGUGCCGAAGCUUCAACCAGUCGUUAGAAGCAUGGUGUCGGUCAAUCGUUCUUCGACUUGGAUUACCCCUGAGUUCGCCUCCGCUUUUGCCCCAGAAGGCCGCGAUAUGGCUUUUUCAGAAGAGCAAAAAGCGAAGUGGGAAGCAGAUCCUGUGGCUUACACGAAGUAUCGCAAGGAAAUAGAGUCGGGCAUGAACAGAUUCGACCUGUACUACGCACACACCAAAGCUCAAAAGGAAGCCUUCAAUUCAGCCCGUGACUUGAUGCACGAUCGUCUAAAAACGAAGCCAGAACUCUGUACUUCUCUUGUCCCUGGCUUUGCGAUUGGAUGUCGCAGGUUGACCCCUGGCUAUGGAUAUCUCGAAGCGCUCUGUGCGGAAAACGUCACAGUCAGGACUGAUGCGAUCUUGAAAGCCGUUCCAGAAGGGUUGAUGAUGGUUGAUGGAAGUGUACUGGCGGUAGAUGCAAUCAUCUGUGCUACCGGUUUCGACACUAGCUUUCGUCCUCCCUUCCCGGUCAUCGGCGAGGGCGGAUUGGAUCUUCGACUGGCAUGGAAGGAUGAGCCGCGUUCUUAUCUCUCUGUAGCCGCAGCUGGCUUCCCCAAUUAUUUCAUGGCGAGUGGACCAAACUUUCCUUUGUCAAAUGGCACCCUCAUUCCCUGUCUGGAGAGCUGUGUAUCCUACGCUCUUGACGCCAUUCAGAAGAUUCAGACCGAAGGCAUUAAGUCGAUUGCACCUUCAGAAGACGCGGUCAACGAGUUCCAACAGCAUAAAGAUGCGAUCAUGAAAGACAUGGUAUGGGCCACAGGCUGCCGCUCCUGGUUCGUGUACAAGAAUGGCAAGAUCGAUGGAAAAGUUUGGGGGCCAUGGUGUGGUUCUGCUCUGCAUUUCCUUGAGCUCAUGUUGUAUCCACGUUGGGAAGGCUGGAAUAUCCAGUAUCUUACCAAGAACAGAUUCCAGUACCUCGGCUGUGGGAAGACAGGUAUAGAAGUCAAUGGUGGAGAUCGUGCGUGGUACAUCAAGAUGCCGGGCGAGAAGCAAAAGGGGGCAACCAACGGAUCAUGA